GUAAGAAGAGCCCACCUGCUGAGGACAAAGUUGUGCUAACACACAUGAAGAUACUAAGCAAUGAAGGAAUUCAAAACCCCGGGUUAAUCCCAGAGGCUCCAGCUGACACAGCCUGCACAGAAGAGUCCCAUCUCCCCGGCGUCAGCCUCCCACCGGACUGCCAGGGAAGUCCGAAUGCAGUGACAGCACCAGCAGAUCCAGACUAUGUAGAUGCCCCGGCAAGCACAGACUAUGUAGCCACGCUGCCUGACCUCAGCACCUUCGAGUCCAAGUGCCAACUUCACAGAUUCUCCAAAUUUGAAUCUGAGGACUCAGGGGUUGAAUUGCCAAGCGGGGCUAAUUCUCCAUCCACCCCGACGGGCUCAGAGAAGAGCUUUGUGCUUCACAGCAGAGACUCAUUUUGUGACUCGGGUGUGCUUAGCACCUCUUCUUCUCCAGAAAUUGACCAUCUGAUAAUGAGAACCUGUAAAGAGCGUGCCAGAAAAGUCAGCCACCAAGAUCCGGAGAGCGAAAAGCAAGCUGAGUACUACAGCCAGGAGGCAGAUGCUGUGCAGGGUCCUACAGCUUCCCUUGAAGACUUCAGUGUCCCUCAGGAAGAAAGUCAUGCUGAACAUUUUGACCAGAGCGAAAGGCAAUCUCUGGAAAAGGAACCUACCCCAGAGACAGACCUUCCCAGGGAAAGCACUCUUCCCACCCCAGGUCCUAUAGAAGAGCCAAAGACAAUUGCUGACAAUUUCCCAGAGAACUUUGGCAGCAUGCAAGACCUUCAGAUCCAUGGACAUCAGCUGAAGAAAUACCCCACAAGCGACAGUCUGGAUGAAUACAUGGAUGAAUGCUGUAGAUUGAGUGAGGUGAACCAAGGUAACAGCAAAGCCCUGGGAUCCGGUCUGGGAUACCUGGAACAUAUUUGCCAACUGAUUGAGAAGAUCGGGCAGCUCCAGGAGCACAACCUGCGUCUCCGAAAGCAAGUGUGCAGCUUGCAGAAAGAGCAGAAGAUGAGCCAAAUAAAAGAGGAGUACCUUCUGCAGCAUUGCUCCUGUGGAGCUGCCAGUGUCUUCCUCAACUCGUACCAAGACAUGAAGAUGCUUUUUGCUGGGAGGAGCAGACCUCACAGCCUCUUGGUUCAGACUGGAAACCCUUCUGAUCUUUCCAUCAUCCCAGAAAUAGGAGUGAACACUGAAAAGCUGAGCAGCUGCAAUGGAAGAGAGAGAUACCUGGAUUCAGGAAACAGCCAGCCGAUGGUGGGGCUUAGGAAGUUGUCAAACAAUAGGAACAACAAGGAGAAUGAGUUCAGAGAAGCUGGUAGUAUGGCUGAGGGACAGGCUUUUCCAUCAAAGGACCCUGCAGUAAGAAAGGGUCUGGACGUCAGCAAGAACAUCUCGCGUGAGAGCCAUGCUUGGGGGAGAAUGAGAGAUCUUAUGAGGAAGACACGGCUGAGAAACCAGAACAAGCUGGGGCUGUCCUCUGCUGCUCUGAAGAGGUCUUGCCCACAGUUGUACAGGUAA